AGGUUUUUAUUUUUCCGUUGUUUUAAAGGGGUCUUCUCUUCGACUCCGGCGGCUCUGCUCUCGAUCCAGUGCAAAGAAGACAGCUGUUGUACUCCAUUGAAGUUGAUUAAAAGCUUCGAUUUCGGGUCAACAUUACGAUCUAGGGUUUUUGGUUGUGGUGGUGGUAUGAUCUUUGCUAUGUUUCUUCUAUCUUUUGGAUUCUAUACAUCUGGUCUAUGAAUUUCUUGUCGGCUUCUGUCGGAGUUUUUUACGGUGAAAGGUUUCGCUAUUCAAUUAGCCAGCAAGGGAUAAGUGACGGGUAAAUCACUUUGUGUUCUGAGGUUGCGUUGUGUUAGUUUUAUUAUAAGCAAAUGGGUGGAUUUGGAUUAGGUUAGGGUUUCUUUUGUUCAAGUAUGUUGUUGCUUAGGCAGUUUUACUUUGGAGGUGUAAAAAUUGACUUUAAAUUUAGGAACUUAGCUGACAAUAAAUCUUAAUUUAUAUGAACCAUUUCUUAGCUUUGAAGGUGAGUUAUAUUUUCUUUUAUUUCAUUGGGGGGUUCAAUUAUUCAAGCGGUUUCACUUUUACGAGUUGUAAACUUGGAAAUUUUGAUGAUAUUUUAUUUAAUUUUCAGUGUGUAGAUAAGUGAUUCGGAUCUUGUUUUUCCCUAGUACUGAACGUGAACUACAAAUUUGUUAUGGUAAUCUAGUUAAAAGGGGCUUGAGAAAUGCUUCUAUCCUAUCUCAAUUGAGCCUUAUCAUGUGUUGUUCAAGCUGCACCGCUAGAUAAGGCUAUUUGGAAGUAUGAGGAGGUAAUAUUAUUCUCAUGGUUUUGUUUAUGCAGAGUUGGGUAUUGAGUGAACUGAUUUAUCCGAGCAAUAAGAAACUAAAGAAGUACUAGAAUAAGAUGAUGUCGAAGAAUGAUAAAUUCCAUGGAGGAUUUUAUCGAAAUACAUUUGACACAAUGGGUGAAUUGGAGGGUUCUGGUAGCUCAGGACGGAUUGAUACAGAGAUUACUGCUUCUGAGGAUUCAAGUGCCCCGACAAGGAAAUGCAUUAACUUAAAUUCCAAUAAACAGGACAAAUUUGGUGUUCCUCUAGAAUUCAUUUCUCUAUCUCGCAUGUCGCCAUCUGAAAGAAAGGAUCUAAUACAUAGGUUGAAAUUUGAACUUGAACAGUUAAGGAUACUCCAAAAGAAAGUGGAGUCACAGAGAACAAAUGCUGUUACAAUGUCUUCUUCCAGCGACAUUCUCAGUUGUAGCAAUGGGACAAAUGGGCCUCAGGUUGCAAACUGUAGCAAGUCAUCAGUGAUGACCUCUGGGCCAGGGAAGAAAGCCAAUCCUACAGGUAAAGGGCGGGAGUGGAAUAGGAGUAGUUCUGGAAAGUUCAAAUCUGUAAAGCAUGGUCCAGCACCAAGCACUACAAAUAUGAUGGUGAUGAAACAGUGUGAGACACUGUUGAGCAGAUUGAUGACCCAUCAGUAUGGAUGGGUCUUUAACGAGCCAGUUGAUGUAGUGAAGUUGAACAUUCCUGAUUAUUUUACUAUUAUUAAGCAUCCAAUGGAUUUGGGAACCAUAAAGAGGAAGAUGGUCUCUGGUGUGUACUCAAGCCCACUGGAAUUUCUUACUGAUGUGAGGCUUGCUUUCAAUAACGCUAAGGAGUACAAUCCAAAGGGACAUGAUGUUCACAUCAUGGCUGAUACUCUUGGUAAAUUCUUUGAAGUGAGAUGGAAAGCUAUUGAAAAGAAAUUACCCAGGAUUGGUACUCAGGCUUUACCGGCAAAUUCAGGCCCUCAUGAAGACCUACAAACUACUAAAGCCACUCCCAUCAAAAAGAGAACAGGAGGUCCGUAUCAACAUGAAAUUGUUCCAGAGCCUGCUAGGCAGGUAAUGACAGAUGAUGAGAAGCAGCAUCUAGCAAGAGAAUUGGCGGAUUUGUUGGGAGAAAUGCCUGUAAAUAUUAUUGAAUUUUUGAGGGAGCAUAGUUCAAAUGGAACGGAUGCAGGAGAGCACGAAAUCGAGAUAGAUAUUGAUGAUCUUAGUGAUGAUACUUUGUUCACAUUGCGGAAGCUUUUGGAUGACUAUUUGUUAGAGAAACAAAAGAAUGAAGUUAGGGGGGAACCUUGUGAGAUCGAGCUGUUGAAUGUAUCUGGUCUAAGCAAUUCAUCCAUGCAGCAACAAAAAGGUGACGAGGAUGUUGAUAUUGGUGGCAAUGGGCCUCCUAUCUCAAGCUAUCCUCCUGUAGAGAUAGAAAAGGAUACAGGCCUCAAGGGCACUAAAUGUGUCAGUUCAAGCAGCUCUAGUGAUUCAGACUCAGAUAGUUCUUCUGAAAGUGUAUCUGAUGAUGGUAGAGCUUCAAGUCCAAUAACUGCAACAAAGGCUUCUGAAAACUUAUGCAAUGGAGUUCAAUUAGAUGAUAAAGCAUGUGCUGGUGAUCCUUUGGAGAUAAAUCAGUCGUGUCCAGAAUCUGUUAGUGGGUUGGAUCAACUUGAGCAGACUUCCCAGCAAAAGCCAAGUUCUGUUGAGUCGGAUUAUUGCCAGGAUGGGGACAGUGCUCCAAGUGACAGGCAGGUCUCCCCUGAGAAGCUUAUCAGGGCUGCAAUGCUGAGGAAACGAUUUGCUGAUACGAUCUUAAAAGCUCGAGAAAAGGCGCUUUUGCAGGUCGAUAAGGAUCCUGAAAAACUGAGGCGAGAGAUGGAGGAGCUUGAGUUGCAGAAGAAGAAAGAAAAAGCUAGAUUACAAGCUGAAGCCAAGGCUGCGGAAGAUGCCCAAAGGCGAGCUGAGGUAGCAGCUGCAGCUGAGGCUAGGCGGAAGAGGGAGCUUGAAAGAGAAGCUGCACGUCAGGCAUUGUUGAAGAUGGAAAAAACUGUUGAAAUUAAUGAGAACUCUCGGUUUCUGGAAGAUUUAGAAAUGCUUAGGACUGCACCUCCCGAGCAUUUACCGAGCUCUGUAGAUGAGACGAGCCCAGAUCAGUCACAUGAUGGCUUGGGCAGUUUCAAGUUCGGGGGAAGUAACCCCCUGGAACAGCUUGGCUUGUUCAUGAAACAGGAUGAUGAAGAGGAAGAAGGCGAGCCGUCAAAUGUUCCAAAUCCUCCUAUAAACGACGUGGAAGAGGGAGAAAUUGAUUGAGCUGUGUACUCGUGAAAUCCCAAUGAAUGAAAGCUUCCAAGAAUAUGGCCAUAGGAUUAGGACCAUUAAGGCCUUGUAUGAUAAAUAGGGCAGCUAACUGCUUGACAUGCUGCAAGUGUAUACUUUACUAACGUUAACAAAUAGCAAGAUGCAUCAAAUUAAAAAUAUAAAAAGGAAAGAAAGGAAAAUUUAUAUGCUA